AUCUGUAUCGCGACAGAUCGACCGACAAAUCCGUGGUUUAGUUUAGUGUAUGAACUAGUGACUGUUUAGUGAAUGGAUGAAAGUAAUAUUGCCGGAAGCUGAUAUGAGAUGGGCAUUCGGGCAUGCUGCGCACUACUACUCCUUGUACUAGUCCACCGCUCGGGGAGCGACUGGUUGAGCUGCGGUCACAUCGCCGAAUGCCACUGCAAAUGGUCGUCCGGAAAGAAAACAGCGUCAUGCAUCACAGCAGGUCUGACGCAGAUACCGUACUUGGCCUCGGACAUACAAGUACUGGAUUUAAACGGAAAUCCUUUGAAAGAGUUGCACCAGGACGCCUUCGCCAAAAUAGAAUUAUUGAACUUGCAACGCUUAAAUCUCAGCUCGACCAAUUUGCGCUUCCUACAUCAAGAUGCAUUCAGAGAGCUCCGAAUUUUAAUAGAACUAGAUAUUUCAAGAAACGAGCUCACGGAACUUUCUCCUGACACGUUUAAUGGUAACGACCGACUCCGACUUUUGAUCAUUAAUGACAACCCUUUAAGCAACUUAGUUUCGGAGCAAUUUCCGAGUCUGCAACAUUUGAAGAAAUUAGAGCUUUCGAGGUGCCAUCUGAGGAACGUCCAUCCGUACGCCUUUGUCAACCUACGAGCACUAGAAACGGUGUAUCUGCAUCAAAAUAUGUUAUCGUUCUUACAUUCGAACACAUUUAACUUGCCGGUGCUGAAAACUCUCACUCUAUCGGACAAUCCGUGGUACUGCGAUUGUAGAUUGAAAGAAUUUCACGAGUGGUUUUUGCAUAGCAACCUAGGGAGUGAGGAAGUUUUUUGUUCCGGACCAGAGAACAAGCGCCACCUCUCGUGGCGAGAUAUGAAAUCAAACAGUAUGGUCUGCCCGCCGACCGCACUGACGAGCCCCUCCGUUAUAAGGUCCGAGGUGGGUGCGGAUUUGCAAUUCGGAUGUUUCGUGCAGGGCGACCCGAAACCACAAGUAUCGUGGCUGUUUCGUCACUUAGAAAUAUUAAACAACACGAGCUUCGAUAGCGACAUUUCGAUUCAUAGGUACUCCUUGAGUUACUUUAACGAGAACGAGGAUGAUUAUAUUAAUAAGAGCUCACAAUGGGUAAACAUUACUAUCAAAAAUGUCACCAACGAACUUUCAGGGCAAUGGACGUGCACGGCGAGGAGCAUAGCCGGCGAGGCCAAGGCAUAUUCCACCAUAUUCUUACCGAAAGCGAGGGCGGCUACCGCUCGCAGGGCGCCCGAGUACUCGACAUUUUUUAUCGCACUCGGCUCUGUAUUCGUCAUGGCGGCUACGGGCUUCAUAGCCGCAUGCGUAUGCUGGAAAAUACGGCGCCGAAGAGUCCCGCCCAGCAGAAGUUUCACCGACCAAGAAAAAAAACUUUUAGAUACUUCUUUAGCGGUAAGUUGCGAUAGAACUAGCGUCGAUUUAGGAUCGUCCUAUGGAUUUGAAAUGUUCGACAGAUCUAUGUCUACAGAUAGUCAAGACACGCAGCGCUGCUUAGACCCGGUUCAAAUCACUAUAGAGGGACCUUCAGGGCCAUUCCCGCCGCCACCCGCGGAGUUCGCGCUCCCCGGGCCCUAUGGAAACAUUUUCAUAUCGGUGCAAGUGACGGGCCAUAGCAAAGAAUAUCCGGAUUUAUUAAACGGCGGAGGAACGCUACCGAGGCGGAGCCGAACGUGCUUUAUUAAGUCAGAUUACGAUAAUAUGGGCCCCAGAGUUACGGCGACCGGGAGCUCUACUUGGUCUCUACCUGGUUCUAAAUUGGGCGAUAAAACAAACAAAGAAAUCCCAGCGACGCCUUUAUCAACAUUUUCCACAGAAUUUACUGCUUUAUAAAAUUAAUAUUGUUCCCAUACUUUAUACGCUACGUUUUUACAUUGUAUGAAAGCAACUGCCUAAUGAAG